GCCCUCCCUGCAGUUUCCCUGCUUCCCAGUGGCUAUUUCACCUAAUUUUCCCUGCCCGACCUGGGGCGGAAUGUGCGGGAGUCCAAAACGGGGUUAGGUUUAGGCAAAGGCGAAGUGCGAUGAUGCGACGCUUGCGGAGCACCGGUGGCUGGUAGGGGAAGCGAGAGAGAAGCUUUCGCCUCAGGGUGAAUAGAGCCCGGUGGGGCGCGAAAGCACUGAAGCAGAUUGGGGACAUUUGGUGGCGGACCCGGAUUCAGCUACCUCCUCGUCACGUGAUCCUGGGUCCUCCUCUUCCAAGUUUGAGUCCUCCCUACUGUACAAAGAAUCUGCAGCAGUGACGUCCUGGUAUCUGCCAUUCCGAGCUUUGGUCCUUACUCCUUGAGCCAUCAUCUCCUCUUCCCAGCAUCAUCUGGGUAACACGUCCUCCAGGAACCCUUCCCUAGCACUGAUCAGGGCCCUCCCCAUCCUGAAAGCACUACCUUGUGAAUGUUCUGUUUUAUCCCUAAAGAGAUUCUGUCCUCCAGACAGUCACCUUCAGGAGAGCAAGGACUGUUUCCUUCUAGUCCUGUCCGAAGCCUCCUCCCUGGAACCUCCCAAACCCCUCAAUGGAGAAGUGGGGAUCUGUGUUCUGUGAGGAAGGGAAGCCCAGCCUGAGCCCUGCUUCUCAUAGUGCUCAUUUCCUCAUUAGCCACACUCUCCCAGGAGGUGGGAGUCCUGAGAAGGACGGGAUGGCCCCUGUGCUCCUGCCAGCCAUGCUCCCCCAGGAAUCAAUGACAUUCAAGGAUGUGGCUGUGGAAUUCACCUGGGAGGAGUGGGGACAUUUGAAUCCAUCUCAGAAAAAGUUGUACAGGCAUGUGAUGUUGGAGAACUAUAGGAACUUGGUCUCUUUGGGAUUUGCAGUUUCAAAACCAGAUGUGAUCUACCAUUUGGAAAGAAAAGAAGCAUUUUGGAGGCCAGAGGCAGAUAUUCCAAGAAACAACUGUCCAGAAAGCAAAGAAUUUACAGGAGAUAAUCCUUAUGAAUGUGGUGAAUAUACAAAGAUCUUCAGGAACAAUGAACAUCUUCCUGUGCUUCAGAGAACUCAUACGGGAGAAUUAUUUUAUGAACAUAAGAAGUGUGGGAAGGCUCUCCACUGGAACUCAGAAUUUACUCGACAUCAGAUGAUUCAUACUGGGGAGGAACUGUAUGAAUGUAAUGAAUGUGGAAAAGCUUUUAGGCAGAAAAUACUGCUUCAUGUACAUCAGAGCAUUCAUACUCCAGAGAUUCCCCAUCAAUAUGAGGAGUAUGGGAAAGCCUUCCUCUGCAACUCUGAACUUUUAGAACAUCAAAGAAUUCAUACCAGAGAGAAACAUUAUGAAUGCAGUGAAUGUGGUAAGAUCUUCAAGAGUAACAUGCAACUUAAUGUUCAUCAGAGAAUUCAUACUGAAAAAAUUCUUCAUGAAAAUGAGGAAUUUGAGAAAGCCUUCCAUUGCACCUCACAUCUUAAUCAUCAAACUAUAGAGAAACCUUAUGAAUGUAAUGAAUGUGGGAAGGCCUUCAGUAGGAAGACACAACUUACUGUGCAUCAGAGAAUUCAUCCUGUAAAGAUUUGUUAUGAAUGUGAGAAGUGUGGAAAGGCCUUCUAUCACAACUCAGAUCUCACUAAACAUCAGAAAAUUCAUAAUGGAGAGAAACUUUAUGAAUGUAGUUUAUGUGGAAAGGCUUUCAGGAGAAAGACACAUCUUACUGUUCACCAAAGAAUUCAUACUGGAGAGAAACCUUAUGAAUGUAGUGAAUGCGAUAAGACUUUUGGUAGUAAGAUACAACUUACUGUGCACCAGAGAAUUCAUACUGGAGAGAAACCUUAUGAAUGUAGUGAAUGUGGGAAGGCCUUCAGAAGGAAGACACUACUUACUGUGCAUCAGAGAAUUCAUACCGGAGAGAUUCUUUAUGAAUGUAAAGAAUGUGGGAAGGCUUUCCCCUACAACUCAGUUCUUAUUCAACAUCAAAGAAUUCAUACUGGAGAAAAACCUUAUAAAUGUAGUGAAUGUGGAAAGGCUUUCAUGAGGAAGUCACAGCUUAAUGUGCAUGAGAGAAUUCAUACUGGAGAGGAACCUUAUGAAUGUAGUAAAUGUGAGAAGGCUUUCAGGAGUAAGAUACAACUUACUCUGCAUCAGAGAAUUCAUGCUGGAAACAUGCUUUAUGAAUGUAAGGAGUGUGGGAAGGCCUUCUAUCACAACUCAGAUCUUAUUAAACAUCAGAAAAUUCAUAAUGGAGAGAAACCUUAUGAAUGUAGUGAAUGUGGAAAGGCCUUCAGGAGGAAGGAACAUCUUACUGUGCACCAGAGAAUUCAUACUGGAGAGAAACCUUAUGAAUGUAGUGAAUGUGGAAAGGCCUUCAGUAGGAAGACACAUCUUACUGUUCACCAGAGAAUUCAUGCUGGAAGCAUGCUUUAUGAAUGUAAGGAGUGUGGGAAGGCUUUCCCCUACAACUCGGCAUUUAUUGUACAUCAAAGAAUUCAUACUGGAGAGAAACCUUAUGAAUGUAGUGAAUGUGGGGAGGCCUUCAGGAGUAAGACACUACUUAUUGUGCAUCAGAGAAUUCAUACUGGAAAGAUGCUUUAUGAAUGUAGAGAGUGUGGGAAGGCUUUUUCAUACAACUCAGAACUUGUUCGACAUCAAAGAAUUCAUACUGGAGAGAAACCUUAUGAAUGUAAUUUAUGUGGGAAAGUCUUCAGGAGGAAGUCGCAGCUUACUGUACAUCAGAGAAUUCAUACUGGAGAAACACCUUAUGAAUGUAGUGAAUGUGGAAAGGCCUUCAGGAGCAAGAAACAUCUUACUGUUCACCAGAGAAUUCAUGAUGGAAACAUGCUUUAUGAAUGUAAGGAGUGUGGGAAGGCUUUCCCUUACAACUCAGCAUUUAUUGUACAUCAAAGAAUUCAUACUGGAGAGAAACCUUAUACAUGUAGUGAAUGUGCAAAAGCCUUCAGAAGUAAAACACUACUUACUGUACAUCAGAGAAUUCAUACUGGAGAGAUUCUUUAUGAAUGUAAAGAGUGUGGGAAAGCUUUCCCUUACAACUCAGGACUUAUUCAACAUCAAAGAAUUCAUACUGGAGAAAAACCUUAUACAUGUAGUGAAUGUGGGAAGGCUUUCAGGAAGAAGUCACAGCUUACUGUGCAUCAGAGAAUUCAUACUGGAGAAAAACCUUAUGAAUGUAAUGUAUGUGGAAAGACCUUCCGCCGGAAUGUACAUUUUACUCAACAUCAGAGCAUUCAUACUGGAAAAAGACAUUAUAAAUGUAAUGAAUGUGGGAAGACUUUCAAACUGAAGAUACAACUUGCUCGACAUCAAAGAAUUCAUGCUGGAGAGAAGCCUUAAGAGUGUAAUGGAUGAGGGAAACUCUUUUGGCUGACGACACUUUUAUGUUCAUCAGAGAAUUCUUCCUGGAGACAUUUUCCCCCUGAAUGUAAGAAAUAUGGGAUGGCCUUCUAUUGCAACUCACCUUUUAUUAAAAAUUAAAUCAUUCAUACUGGAGAGAAAUCUUAUGAAUGUAGUAAAUGUAGAAGCCUUUAGGAGUAAGUUACUAUUUCCUGUAUAUCAGAAUAUUCAUACUGGACUUAUUCUUUAUGAUUGGAAGGAAUAUGGUAAGACUUUAAAACUCAGGGGUUAUUCUACAUCAAAGAAAUCUUAAUGGAAAGAAACAUGAAUGUAGUGAAUGUGAAAAUGCAUUUAGAAGAUACAAUUCACUGUCCAUCAGAAAAUUCAUAUUGGAGAGAGAUGUUAUGAAUGUAACGAGAGUGAGGAAACCCCCAGAUGGUGGAAACAAUUUCCUCAGCAUCAAAAAAUUCAUUCUGAAAAGAAAACUUUUGAGCAUAAUCAAUGUGGAAAGGCCUUUACCCAUGAGAGAAUUCAUAAUAUAUUCCUUAUGAAUGUGGAAAGAUUCUCCAACUGACUAGGCUAUGAGCCUAGUCUGAGCCCCUGGGUACAGUUCAGAGUCCUCAUUUAGCCAUCAUGAGAGAAGGAGAUAAUGUGCCCUCCCUACAGAGACCUCUGAUGGGGCAGAUUUAGUAUUAGUCCCUGAUGGACUUUCUGAGAGAUAUAGGUUAUACUGUUUGAACCAGAAGAUAUGGUGUGGGUAGUGGUAUCGGGAAAGUCUUGGUAUCAACUUUCAUCCCUCUAUAAAUUGCAUCCAAGAGGCUUAUGGAUGACCUCUUGUCCAUCAGAUGAGCCUGAUGUGUGGUAAAUAAUUUUUGACUCCUUGAGGAAAGUAUCAUGAUCUGAGCUGUGUUCCUGAUGUUGCUGUUGCUGCUUUUGUUUAUUCAUCAGAGUAGCCACCAUGAACCAUAUAGAUUUGGAAUCAUAUAAUUAAAACAAGGGCCUGUGACUUGUUGAAACAAUGUGAUUUCUUCCUACUUGCUCUGAAUAUCAAAGUGAAGAAAUUCAGUGAAAUGAAGGUAAACAGUGGAAGGAAUUAUGACUUUCUUGAGGGAGCCAAUGCCUUGACAUCUAAUUAAUGACACAUGUAAAAAGAUCAUGAGAUUCCUAUUGUGAUAAAGGGAUAUGAACAGGGAUUCUUCAAAGGAAGAAAUCAAAGCUAUCAAAAAGUAUUCUAAAACACUGUUGAUUAGAGAAAUUAAAAUUAAAAUGAUUGAGAUAGUGCCUCACACCUGUCAGACUGGCUAAUAUGACAGAAAAGAAAAAUGACAAAUGUUGGAGGGGAUGUGGGAAAAGAGACACUGAUUCACAAUUGUUUGACCACUCUGAAGUACAAUUUGAGAUCAUGUCCAAAGGGCUAAAAAACUGCAUCCGCCCAGACUCUCCAAUAGCUUGAAUCCCAAAGACAUCAAAAAUAAAGGACCUCUAUGUCCAAAAAUAUCUAACACAGCUCUUUAUGUGGUGUCAAAAAAUUGGAAAUUGAGGAAUUGUCCAUCAAUUGGGAACUGGCAAAACAAAUUGGGAUGUGAUAGUGAUGGCAUACUGUAAAAGAUCAAAUGAAUAUUGAUUAGGCAUAGAACAUAAUUAGAACAUUGGGAAAUAAAUACCUGAGAAAGGAUUUUUUCCUUGUCUCUGCUAUGCAUGAACAGGAAAAUUACUGUGGGCUUUUUAACCCAGAUAGAGAAAUUCUCAAGAGAUUAUGGAAAAAGAAUUCCCAGCUGCUCCUAGGAGGAACUGUUGGAAAUGACUGUCACUCUUUUGGGGAUUGAGAUUUUUCCCUCUGGAAAAUCUUGGAAGAGUUGGUGACAGUUGAUUUGAGGGAAACACCCAGAGAUUUGGAGGAAGCUUGAAAAACAGAUCAUCUGUGAGAGAAACUGGCUUGGCUGUGUCCCAUGAGACUGCAGGGGAUCAGUAGGCGGCAGAAUAAAGCAGCUUGCCAGGAGCUGAAUCUUAGAGAUAAAUUAUAAGGAAAGGAAUUUAAUUAUAAACAUAUAUUUGCUUUAAGGUAGGUAUAUAGCCAGUUUCCGGGGAUUAAUAAGAUAUUUAAGAGUAGUGUUAAGGAGAAUCACCCUUGGUGAUCAUGAAGACUUCCCUCCUGGAGAAGAUUUUGGGGUUCUGGGAUUUAGUUUAGAAAUCUUUAGGGAAAUACCUCUCCUAUCAAUACCCAUUUCAUUAUCCUUUCCCUUAUAGUCUCCUAAUUAGUAAGAAGUAGGGAUUUUUUUUAUAACCAGUCUCUAGCAGAAUUUAUCAUCUGCCCAUCCAACCUAUUUCUCAACUGCAAACAACUGAUUCUCCAUAUUGUGACAUACAAAAGAGUGGUUGCCUUAAACUGUGACCUUAAAAAUAUGGUUUCAAAUAAAAAAAUAUAGUGGUUGCCAUGGGAAAAUUCCCAAAUAUUAAAUAUACCCAAGUCAGCUGGGUUUUAUAGAGAUUUUAAUUAAUACAAAUUAAGGAAUUAAUGAAAGGGAGAGAGAAAGAGGAAAUAAUGAAAAAAGGGCUAGGCCAGCCUAGCCUUAAGAGAGAGAUCAGUCAGUCUUUUAUCCACUCACCACAAGAUUUGUCCCAAGCAAGAUUCUAGUGUUCAGAGAGACCCACUAGUUCAGCUCCUCAGCUCAACUAAGUUCAGCCACUGAGCCCUCCAAUUCAGCUUUGGCAAGCUGAACUCCAGAGGCCUUUCUGACCUCCUUUUAAAGAGAAUUUUCUCCUAUGUCACCUCCCCUAAGUUUCACAUCUACCAAUCACAGUAGACGUUUUCACAGGACUGACCAUUCUUAAUUCACACCUGAGUAGACUAAACUUUUGAGUAAUUCACACCUGAGUAGACUAAAACUUCAAACCUCUUUUGUUAAGCUUGUCCCUUGCAAGUUUGCAAGUUGCCUGACCUUUUAGUGAUUAAUUUGACCUUUAUAGGUACUUAGCACCUUUUUGUAUUAGAUCUAAAAAUAGACUUAGCUUAAGGGCUUUUGCCUCACUAUAAGUAUGGGUUAAGUACUUUUUCAUUGUUCAGUAAGGAAUUUACAACUUUAUCUUCCCCUAAAGUAUGCUUAAGUAUGGGUGGAGUCAUGUUAGAGUUCUCACAUUCCUGACUAAGCCCCUUAAUUGUUUAAAAUGGGGAAUUGUCUUAACCAAAUGUUCUAAGGUAGAGUCUGAGAAUUCACAAGUCUGAGAAAUUUUAAGAUUCACAAUAUAGGCAGUAUCUUGUCAAAGAUUAUUGACAUCAAUCAAUAAGAUCAAUAAUUUCUAACAUAACAAGUGGUGAGCCAAUAAGGACAAAAGAUCCUAAAAAGAGAUAGUUUUUUUAAAGCUGAGAAAUACAGAGUUUAGUCUGAUUUACAGAGAACAUUUCCCUUCAGCACCACAGGGGGAGCUGUGUAUCAACUGUUAGAGGCAUUGUCAGAGUGAGUCAGAGGGGUAGCAUUCACAGAAAGAAAUCAAAAGUAACUAUAUUCAACAACAACAUGAGUCUAGGGAAUAGGACCCAAAUUUUUCCAAAGAAGAUACCUGUAUGUAUAUGAGGGAGAUACCAUUCCUGAAAUCCAUACUGAAUGUAUUUACAACCCUAGGUGGUUGUGGAAUGCUCUUAGGAAUUAUUCUUAAAAUGUUAAUCUAUUACAUCUCACAAGUCAAGAUAUGAAAGAAAAAACAACUAAAGGACAAAGAGACAUGAAAAUUGAUUACUUGGAAAACAUUGUACUUAAGCUAGAAAAGAUUGACCAAAUGCUAAAAGGAACUAAGCUAGAAAAAGAAACUAUGGAAUUGAAUAACAAUAUUGGAGGGUUUUUCCCAUUACACAAUAUCCCAGUGAUAACCCCUGAACAUGAAUUUAUAAAUGUUAAAUAUCAUAAGGACUUCAUCCAAGCUGAUAGAGACAGCUUUAAAAAGGGGGACUCCACUUGAGGAGAAACAUGUAGCAGUCAUCAAAAAAUUUGAAAAGACAAUUAAGUAGUUUGACCCUGAUUGCCUGGAUUUUCAAGUUCUUAUGGAUAAACUUCUUACAAAAAGGAAAAAAGAAAAGACUGUUAGAGAAACCAAUGAAAAUUGCCACACCCCUUACUGGCCUCUUGUUAAUCCACACUGGAAAGUUAACUUUCAAUACAGGUAUGACCAACUAGUAAAAGCAAGGCAGGCAGUGAUUCAAACAAUGAAAGAUUGUUCUGACAGACCAGGGAUCUGGACUAAGUUUGAGUGAGUGAAGCAGGAAAGGGGAGAAAUGCCCUCUACUUUUAUGGAUAGACUGAUAGACCUCAGAGAAAGAUACAUAGGACUUGACAUAAUGAGAAAAGGAAUAAGGUAUUUAAGGGGGCAGUUUGUAAAAAAUACCUGUCCUGUAGUGAGAAAUUAUUUUAAAUAACAAUGCCGUGGUUGGAAUGAGAUGGAGCUAAAUGAAUUGAGAUGGGUUGCCCCUUAUGUUUACAAUGCUGAUAGAGAAACAUGAAGAAGCAAAUAAUGAGCUAUUGAGGAACUGAGGAAAGAGAUAAGAAAUCUGAAAUUAAAACUUGAAAAAGUGGAGAAACAAGAAAAAACUAUAGCCAUAGUGAAAGAAUAUAGACCACCAAGGCAGUUUUAAUGAUCAACAAAGAAAUUUUAAUACUCAGAGUACAUGAUGUUACAUGUGUGGGAGAAAUGGACAUUUGAUAAGAGAUUGCAGAUAUUGGGGACAAGUGUAAAGGCAGAAUGGGAGAUAUUUUCCAAUAACUUUAGGAAUAAUGGAAAUAAUUUGAGGGGAAACUAAGGCAAUGGUUUUAGAUAUGGUGCAUACCAGAAUGGAUGAAAUGCUUUUCCAAAUACAUUCCAGGAUAGAUAUUAGUGAUAACCAGGCUAAAGUAAUGCAAACAUAUAUAAAGAAUGGGGCAUGCCCAAAAUAUUCACAAGUGGUUAGUGCUAACAUACAAAAACAAGAAUCUUGGAAGGGUCAUUUAUGAAGGUUUUCUAGGGGAGAUGGCUUUGUAGACAUUGAUAAUGAAAAGAUAGAAAUAGAAAAUUUAGAGAGUGAAGGACAGGAUGAACGAUAUAAUUUUCCUGAUCCUGAGUUAAUUAUAUCAAUGAUUCCAGUCCACUCUCCCCUGAACAGCUCUGAACUGCAUGUAACAUUAAAAGUGGGAAAUAUUCUUUAUUACUGCUUGCUACACACCAGGACUUCCAAAUCAGCCUUAAAAAAUUCGCCAGAUGAAAAUUAUAACUCUGUGGGAUCAAUGAAGGUUGUGGGGAUUUCAGGGACACCCUUUGAGGUGAAAAAGCUGCCAACCAAAGUGGUAUCUGUGGGGCCAUUGUCUGUGGAACAUUCAUUUUUGUUAAUGCCCAACUCCACAAUGAGUCUUGUGGGGUGGGUCUGGUUGUAUAAAUUGUGGGCAACAAUUGUGUCCUCCAGGUGAGAUUUCUCUGGAACUGCCAGAGAAAUCACUAGAUUUAUUCCCAGUACUGUUUUUAGAGGACCCAGAUGCAAAAAAAGACUCAUGUUUAUGAAAUUCCCACAGACAUCCCAGGCUUUAUGGGCAUUUUACCGUGGUAGAUUUAUGUUCUGCAUUCUUUUUCAUCCCCGUUCACAAAGAUUCCCAAAAGAUUUUUGUGUUUCUAUGGAAGGGCACAUAAUACACGUGGUGGUGUCUUCCACAUUAUGUCGAAAGUCCUACAUUAUUCUACCAAAUUUUAACAGAAGACCAUGCUAAUAUUCAAUUUAGUGAGAGCAGACUUACCCACUUUGUAGAUGACUUGUUGGUAGCUUCUCCAUCGGCUAAAGCAUAUCAAAGGGAUAGUAAGCACCUUCUGAUGGAGCUAUUUAAAAGGGGACACGAUCUCAAAAUCAAAGGGGCAAUGUUGUCUACCUAGAGUGGAAUAUUUGGGAUUUGUACUAUCAGAAAAGUCUAGAUAUAUCUCUGGGGAAAGAAUUGCAGACAAAAACUAACUGCAUCAAAAAUAAAAAAGCAGCUAAGGGCUAUCCUAGGAAUGACAUGGUUUUGCAAGCAAUGGAUACCGUGCUAUGUAGAAAUAACAAAACCACCACAGAGCUGAAAAGAGACAUUGUAACAGAGCCAUUGAAAUUAACAGCAGAAUGCUUGUAAGCAAUUACUAAAUUAAAAGGAGCAAUACUCUCAGCCUCUGCAUUGGGAA